ACUCUGAACCUUUUGCUUUCCACCUUGCGGAAAGGAAAUCAUGUCCUUGGCUUCAACCUGUCAAACUUAUGGCCAAAAUGAGACACUUAUCUCAUCCAUCCGAUUAUCCCUUCGAGAGUAUAUUUAAGGAAUUCCUGCAAAAUGCCGAUGAUGCCGGAGCCACUAGGCUUCACGUAAUAGUCGAUGGUCGUUGGCACCCCACGAGGACCCUACUUUCCGAAGAAAUGAAGGUUUGGCAAGGUCCUGCAAUCCUGAUAUUCAAUGACGCCAAAUUUAAAAAAACCGAUUUCGAUUCGCUCAUGCAAAUACGUGUGGGAGGAAAACAAGGAGACGACACAAAGAUCGGGAAACACGGAUUGGGCUUCAAUUCAUGCUACCAUUUUACCGACGUUCCAAGUUUUAUCAGUGGCAAUUUUAUCGCAUUUUUGGAUCCACACGAAAAAUACUUGCCGAGAAGAGAACGUGGUAGCAUCGGUUCAUUUCCUAAAAAAGGUAUCCGUGGAUUUCUCGAAGAGGAUCAGUUGAUCCCUUAUGAAGGCAUUGAAGGAAACUUCUUUCAAUCGAGUUUCGAAGGAACACUCUUUCGAAUACCGCUCCGGCAGCAACCGAGCGACAUAUCCGACAGCAUUUUUACCACGGCUCAGGUUCUCCAAUUGCUCUCCAAUAUUAAGUUAAACAUCUCCUCACAGUUCCUAUUCCUGCGAAACAUUGAAACCAUCGAAGUUUCACACAUACCGACAGCCUCAGAUCAAGUGAUACCCAUUUGGAAAGCUGUGGCAGGAAUGGACGAUGGUGUGCGAAACCAGAGAAGGUCCAUUAUCAACGGUGAAAUCCAAAUCUUUCAGAUGAGGACCGAGUUAAUCGACGAUUCAAGCAAACAAAAUGAACAUUGGUUUAUUGCCACUGGCGCUCAACAAGACCCUGAAGACCAACAGCUGAAGCAAUACGCGAGGAGGCAUCGGUUACGCAUAUUAGGUGGUGUCGCAGCGCUACUUAGCAGUACAAGAAAAAGGACAUAUGUUGACGAUCAAUCGGUCAACAUUAAUCUUAACGGAAGCUUAAAUGAAAAUCAAAAUGAGUUCAAAGGUCGAAUGUACUCGUUCCUUUCAUUGCCAGACGUGAUUAACUUGCCGGUUCACAUUAAUGGAACCUGGGCUCAGAGCUCAGAUCGUACGCGGGUAUUAAUUGAAAAAGACGACUUACCAGAUUUGGAUCAUCAGAAACUCAACUGGAACAGAUAUAUUCUACUCGAGUUUCUACCAAAACUUUAUUGUGAACUUUUGAAAGAAAUCAUCGAAUUUCAGAAAAAUAAUAAAAUCACUCUUGAAGAACAGGCCAUCUCAAAAUUCUGGCCGUUUCCACCGGUCGCUCGAAAUUACCCAAAGUACACAGUUGAAUAUGGUUGCAAGGUGCUCUUUCAUUUACUGCAGACUAAAGAUCUCUUUCCGUUGAUUUCCGAUGGAGUCAAUGACGGCAGUCACGUGGACGUUAUAUUCAAAGCCCUAUCGCGAAACCAGAUCGAGGAUUUCCGUCACUUAUUACGAAACAAUUGGGAUGAAAUAGGGGUAAAAUCUGAUGCCAGCCUCAAGACGAUGAUCCUCUCAUUGCCUAUUUGGCCAGUUCGCAAGAGUCUCUCAGAGUCAACUAUAAAGCCGGCUUUAAAGCCAAUAUCGUCUGGAUUCAUUUUACCCAAGGAGGUAGAACUGUAUCGAACAAAAGAUGCCAAAGUAUAUUUGGCUUCGUCGGACGAUCUCGACGAUCGGAUUUUGGUCGACCUCGCUGUCCCUCAUCGAAACGUCUACUCAUAUAUCUUUGAAGAUGUCGAUUUCCCUAAAGAAUAUGAUGAACAAUACAUGACAUUCCUAAAAAGUAUACUCAAGUAUGAGAGGGAUAAGACCUUUUAUGGAAUUACCCGAGGUCUGAGGGAUAGACGUUGUUUUCCCACCGUGAAUAAGAAAAGGCUGAAGAAAGCCUCUGAUUUAUACGAUUUUGGAAAUUACGUGUUUUGGGCUUUGUUUUCAGGCUCUGAUGUCUUCCUUCAUCCCGAUCUUUCGGAAUUUGCAUCGACGCUAUCAACCAUUGGAUUCAAGAAUAGAAUUGAUCAAGCCACCUUCAACAAAUGUGCCGAGAAGAUCGAAGAAUAUCAAAAUCAGCGGAAUCCACCGACCGACUUACGCCAUCGAGGCUCGGUCUUGGUCAAUUACCUUUACAAGAAUUCAAAUAUUCUCAAGUUGGAGAACAUCGAAAGAAUUCCAUUCGUUCCGGUCGCCCAAAGUCUAGAUAAUCCAUACAGUUUGUACUAUAAACCUCCUCGAGUUCUAAAUUGUUUUAAAGAGAUAAUUCUCCCCAAAUAUAAAGAAGUUGCGUGGAGUCAAAAGUCACUGAUUGCAGAGGAUGUCGUACCGCCUCCACAAAUGCUUCAAGUUUACCCAUCACUUGGUAAACCGGAUGCCCUCACGGUGGUCGAACAUCUUCGAUUCUUGCGUGAAAAACUCAUGGUUGAUGAAGAAUGGAAAACCAAUUGGGCGGAUACAUUCAAGUACAAUGUCUACGAAGUUUAUAAAUGGCUUAACGAAGAAUCCAUAAAUGAAGAUCUCAAUUUGGGCCAUUACAUUAACCCAAACGAAAGAUUAUUCCUAAAUUUCAAUAAAAAUCCAAAUCCUUUUGACACCGACAACUGGGUAUCGGCGAAUGAUCUGGUCCUGAACAGUGAACCAGGAGAGAGGAAAUAUGUCAACCCAGAACUUGCCAAAUAUGCAAACAUGCUGAAAAGCGCAAAUGUUCGAGAAAUAAAACCACCCAAUGUAGAAAUAAUCGUCAGGCAACACAAUCAGUUGUUCUUUAACAAUAACGCCAUGUUCGAAUUUCUAUUAAAUCAGGAACAAGCGAUUUCCUUGCACGACGUUAUUUUCAACGUAAAAGGCGAGAUGAUAGGCACAAGCCGAUAUAUGCUUGCGGCGAGUUCGAUAUUUUUUUAUCGGAAAUUCGCAUCAGGAGAAUUCACAGCAGAAUCAAGUCCGGUCAAUCCAACCGUGAUUAUUAUUGACGACGCCGAGCCGAACUCGGUACGCAUCCUGUUACGUUACCUGUAUGGUCAAGAUAUCAACGACGCAGUCCAAUGUGUAAAUAACAAUGAAGGUGGAUCCCCAAACAUGUUGUCAUACGUGGACCUACUUAAGUUGGCCAACAACUACGAAUUAGAACAUUUGAAAGAUUUGAUGGAGCUGAAACUCUCGCGACUGGUGUCGAUGUCAAAUGUGGCAUAUUUGAAACGAAUAUCGGAAGAAUUGAAGGCUAGCCAACUAGAGAAAUAUUGCAAUCAAUUUAUCAUUGAUCACGAAGAUUUGCGGUAA